AUGCGGUCAAUCAUUUCCUUCGCGGUGCUUUGCGCGCUGUUCAUGCAGUCGGCAAUGGGCGUCUACGUCUUCUCCGUCUUCACCUCUACCAGCGAGAGCAACAUGUACAUCUACACUUCUGAUGAUGCCCUCAAUUUCUCGCUCCUCAAAGGGCCUGCCUACGUCCCCACAACCGGCCUUAUUCGCGACCCUAGCAUAAUCCGCCAUACCGACGGCGACUACUACGUCUCCUACACGACCAACUGGGAAGGCCGCGACUUUGCCAUCGCGCGCAGCAGCAACCUCCUCAACUGGACACUGCACACGACCGUCAGCAUCUCUGACACCACUCAGGCCCGUACCUGGGCACCCGAGAUCUUCCAGGACCCGCGCACGGGGGAAACCAACAUCAUUGUCUCGCUCGGCGAGUCGCUAACCACCUUCAAUCCCUACCUAUACACCGCAACAGACGACACACUCACAAGCUGGAGCGGGCCGGUUGCCAUGGCCGGUAUCGGCCCCAACUAUAUUGACACAUUCAUCGUCUGGGAUGAGGACAGCAAGAUGUACCAUGCAUACACCAAGAACGAGACGAGCAAGUACCUCGAACACGCCGUCGCUACGAGUCUCGCAGGGCCAUGGACCUUCGUACAAACUGGCAACUUUGCAGGAUUCGGGCGAGCAGAAGGCCCCUGCAUCACGACGCUCGAGAACGGCAUGUACAGGCUGUUCGCAGAUGGGUACGACAGCGGAAAGUACAUCUAUAGCGAUAGCUGGGACCUGUACACCUGGAGCACAUACCAGGAGGUACCUGGUGGCCUCUCGGGCUUCAUCAGGCACGGCACUGUCAGGGACAUGGGCCCUGGCCCUUUGUAG